UGUUUAUUUACAGUAUUAUGGAGGACUAAUCUACCGUAUUAUCGAAUUCAUUUGUUCGCUGCUGGCGAUUUGAAUUAUUUUCCCACACACCGGAGACGACUGAAGGCUUCUCGAUUACUCCGCUGCAUGUAUUUAUCUUACUGUGUGACUGUGUGAGAGAGAAGGAGAGCGUGGCUGAGAACAAAACAAAAUGUUGGGAACUUUAAGAUUACAGCUGCCGGCGGCGGCGGCGGCGGUGGUGGUGAACCCAAAGUGCGACGGAGGACCCAAUUUCAAUGAAAAUAAUCAUUGCCGUCUCAUUUUGCCGUUGAAAAGUCGUCGGUUUACAUUGUCUUUAUCUCUACAGCAACAGCCUCAGUCUGGGCCAAUCGAUUCAUCCGACCUCACCACCUCCACCGUGGGAUCAUCUUCUCCUCCUCCGAUUUACCUCUCUCAAUCGACUCUCACGCGCCGCCACAUUCACAUCCUCAAUUUCGUCGCCUGCGCGGCAGCAAUUUCUGCAACAUGGCUGUUUUGCUCCGCAAUUCCAGCUUUACUGGCUUUCAGAAGAGCAGCCAUUUCAAUGGAAAAGCUAAUGGAUGUUACACGAGAGGAGCUUCCUGAUACAAUGGCUGCUAUUCGUUUAUCUGGGAUGGAAUUAAGUGACUUAACAAUGGAGCUGAGUGACCUUAGUCAAGGAUUUACAAAGGGUGUCAGGAGUUCAACUCGUGCUGUUCGCUCAGCAGAAGAAAAAUUGAGGCAGUUUACAAACACGUCUCCAUCAGGUUAAAUAUUUUCAAGUUGGUUAGUUACAAAAUUUUUUCCCCUCAGACUUGUUAAAACUAUUUCAUCCGAAGGUCAGUCAUUAUUAACAAGAGCCUCCGAAGUGAAAAUGUUUUAGGAACCUCAAGAAAACCGUUUAAAAUCAACCCUUAAUUACAUCGAUUUACCAGUUGUGAUUUUUGUGAUUUGGAGUGAUGAAAUUCACUUGAAAUCUUUACUUGAUUAGCUUCCUUGCAGGAGGUGGUGACCCCAGGGGAACCUAAGGCAUCAGGACCGGUCGUGGCUAGAACAGCAAGAGGCAUUAAGGAAGGGAUUGUGAAGGGUCGUGCCUUUGUUCAAAUGUUUUUCACUGUAACCAGUUUUACUAAGAUCCUGUUCAACUACCUCAAACCCCGUGCUAAGGCAUAAAAUCAGGUAUUAAAAAUAUCUAUCCGAAAAUAGAGAGAAUACAAACUCAUUUUGUACAUAAAUUUUGGAUGUUACCUAUGAUCCUGAUUUUCCACAUAGCAAUGUGGAUGGAUAGUGGACAUUGAGUCGCUUCUUCUCUUCGUAUAAUCAUUUUUCAUUUGUCAAGAAAGAGGAGAAAUGGAAUUCGACUGUGUUCAAGCUUGGCAUUUUGUGCUGUUAGCCGGGUUUUAUUGAUAUGUUCGAGAAACUGAGCAUGGUUUAUUGCUGAAAAUUAUAUAAUACACUUACUAAUUUUAUUUAUUUAUUUAUUUUGUUUUUUUUUUUUUUUUGUUGAAAAGACUAGACUUACUAAUCAUUUCUCUUAGGCAAUUGAUUAUUUGCUUCUAG